AUGAGUAACUCGCAUCAAUCCCUAUCCAACAACCAUGGUAGCUUUCUUUUGGGCGAUGUUCCAAAUCCUAACCUUUCAGACAAUGGGAGCUCCUCGAAUGGUGUGUCUGGAGUUACAUUGGCAGAUGUUUCAUCCAAUCCUGCACGCUCAUAUCCUUCGAUGGAGUAUCACGACCCUUGUGAAACAAAUCACGUCCUGGAGACCAAUUUGCCUUAUUCUCAAGGUGAUCUCUUAGCUCCAAAGCAAGGAGUAGCAGUAGAAGCAGCUUAUGGGAGCCCGAACUCGGAUCUCGUUGGGUGCGAGGCAGAUAAUGGAGAGUGUUUGGAUCCAAUAAUGGCUGCUUUGGAUGGCUCAGUGGGUUUAGAACCCAAUGCCAUAAACGAGUUGAUUCCUGGAGUCCAAGAUACCUUUUGGGAACAGUUCCUUGACGAGAGCCCAGUGAUUGGUGACACCGAUGAGCUAAUCUCAGGGUCAGUGGAAAAUAAUCUGAUAAUGGAGCAGCUAGAGUUACAAUCCAACCUGGGGAAUGUGUGGAGCAAGAAUCAACAAAUGAACCAUCUUACUGAACAGAUGGGACUUCUCACAUCUGACGCGCUAAUAAGGAAAUGA